ACGCGCUGAGGAGGAGAGGCUUGCGGAGCCCCAAUGUCUGCUGGUGUCACACCUUGACGCCACGUUGUGUUCGCCUGCUGCAGCAGCGGUGUAGGGAAUUCCUGCCAGGUUUUCGCAGUAGGGAGGAUGGAGGGAGGGAAGGAUUGGUGAUCGCCGUGUAAAUUCCAAUCAAGAAAAUUUCCGAAUUCAUUUUCAAACGUUCACUGAUAUAAAACAUCGGGAGAAGAACAGUCGGGCUCAAAAGUGUAACAAAAAUAAUCGGGAUGUUUUGCGUAUUUAUUAAACCAAUUAAAUGGAGACGUCUUAACCGAUGUGGAAUUUCAAAUGGGAUAACAAAUUUUGAAAAAAAUUCAUACUCUGGGCUCGUCCGGGAUUUGAACCCGGGACCUCUCGCACCCGAAGCGAGAAUCAUACCCCUAGACCAACGAGCCACGGAUACCACCACCCCGCCGGGUCUCCCUCUUAACGCCACCAUCUCACCCUCAGGUACCUUCCUCAAUAUUGGCCGUCGAGUUUAAAACGUGUUGUUGACAAACAAAAAAACAAUAAACUUACGUUUCAUCGUUUUAUUUGUGUUCAAUUGUAACAACAGACGGCUGUGUAUGCGUUUAAUAAUAAAUAUAUAAUUCGGGCGAACUCCGCGGUGACGUCACGCCGCCACAACCCGGAAGUGACAACGUGGCAGACGAACGGUUGCAGCAUCGACCUGUAAAUCCGGCACCAUGUUUGGAGAUUACGGAUCCUUCUUUAAAGGCCUGCUGCUGGGCGCGCUGUGCUGCCUGCUGGCCACGAUGGUCGGCAACGUCAUCCACAGGAAACCCACGCCGGCCGAGCGCCGGCACGCGGAUCACCCGCACGUGCCCGAGUCGGAGUCGUCCGAAUCUCACGACCACCGCGGCCGCCACGACGACCUCCCGCCGCGGCAGCCGGAGCAGCGGCGGCGGGAGGCGAGCGAGGCGCUGCGCGUGCUCUGCAUGGUGAUGACCAAGCCCAAGACCCUGGGCCACUGGGCGGCGGCGCUGGAGACCUGGACGCGGCACUGCGACGGCACCGUCUUCUACAGCCCCGAGGAGGUGAAGGCCUACCGCUCGGUGGCGGUGGGCGCCGGGGACACGUGGUCGCAAACGGCGCGGGCGCUGCGGCACGCGUACGACGCCCACGCCGUCGUCGCCGAUGGCGGGGAGGGCGCCGGCGAGGAGGGCGCCGGCGACCGCCGCCCGUUCGGCUGGUUCCUGCUGGUGCAGGACAGCACGUUCGCCAUCGUGGAGAACCUCAAGUACUACGUGCACCGGCAGCAGCGCUUCCGGGACCCCGAGGAGCCGUUCUACGCCGGCAAAGUGGCGUCGGCCGGGGAGCUCAAGUACGCCGAGAUGGCGGCGGGGCUGGUGCUGAGCCGCGGCGCGCUGCACCGGCUGCGCGCCGCCCUCGACGACCGUGAGCGCUGCCCCGAGAGCGGCGGCUUCCUCUGGAAGACCACGGCGGAGAAGCAGCUGGCGACGUGCCUGCUCAACGUCGGCGUGCAGGUGUACAACGCGGAGGACGCGGAGAAGCGGGAGCUGUUCAGCUCGCAGCACGUGGACAGGCUGGUGAGCGCGGCGAUGCAGCGCGCGUCGGAGCGCGGGGAGGCCGCCGAGGGCUGCUGCUCCGACCUCGCCGUCACCUUCGGCGGCGUCUCGCCCAACCAGAUGCGCGUGCUCAUGUACGGCGUGUACCGCCUGCGCUCCUUCGGCCGCUCCUACGCCGACCAGCUCUACUUCCUGCCCGUGCCGGGCGCCGAUAACGACUGAGGUGCGGCGGCGGCGGUGGUGACGACAACGAUGAUGGUGGCGGUGGC